CGUCAAGAACUGAGCUAGCUUAGUGUAUGACUGACUAUAUGCGAUGCUGAAAGUACAGGUGAUGCUGAUGAGGGCGGCAAACGGCACCACGAGUACUCCUUUGAUGUGAGCGUCUGUAAUAUUGUUGUCGUCCUUUUGGAGGCAGAGCAGAGCAUCCAAGGUGUCUUCACCAUCGUCGGAUAGCCGCCUCCUUGGAUCGAGAUGGUCAUCUAUGAGUCGUCUGCAGAAAACAUCGAGCUUAAGAAAGACAUCUUGAAGCCUGGCUUGCGUUCCUCUGAUCACGUCCACCCACCCGAGCAUGGCGAAGAAGUCUGCUACGAAGAAGGUGGCAAAGAUUGCUUGACUCUCUUUGGCGGUGCGGUGGAAACCGUCGUGGCAGCGACCGCCAAAGGCGGUCCUGCAAGUGAUAUUGGCAGUAAGAGAGAGCAGCUCCUCACUCAGGUUGAUGACGACCGUGUUGGGAGCACGAGAACGGAUCGAUUCCAUGGUUCUCUCGACCUCGUCCUCUCUCACGGGUCUAAAGGACGUGAUCUUCUUGGUGGCGAAGAGCUCCGUCACGCAAAUCUUCCGCAGAUCCCUCCAAUGGCUUCCGUACGGGGCGAAGGCCACGUCGGAGCCGCCGAAGGAGAGUUUCGCGGUGGAGAUGGUGUGAGGCCGGCUGCAGCACUCGAGGUCGUGGGUUCUGAGGACUUGCUCGGCCGACGCCGCGGAAGAGACGACCACAGCGGGGACAUGGCCAAGCUUCAAGCGCAUGACAGGGCCGUGUUUCUUGGAGAGUUCCCACAGGGACUGGUGCAGGAGGCUGCGGCCCAACUGGUGGAGGUUGCCGAUGAUGGGGAGCGUGUUUGGCCCUGGUGGGAGCUUCCAUGCUGCGGUACCUUUCCUCCUACUACCUCGCGAUUGACCCCGUUGAGGCCCUAAUUCGCGUCUCCUCCGUCGCCGGGUUCUGGGACGAUCUCCGGCGAGCCUCUGG